CAGAUGUUUAAAAAACAGGUGAAUUUCAAGGGAACUAACGUCACUCAGGAAAUCGAAUCUACUUCACCCAACAAAUGCGCCAUUACAUGCAUACAACUUCCAGGGUGUGUUGCAUUUGAUUUUGGAGCUUCUGAUGUAAGAUGUCACUUACUGGGUAACCAGGUGUUAGAAGCAGCGAUUGAUGGCUAUAAUGUAUUUCUGCCAAUGAAUGAGGAUGGGAAAGGAGGAGAUGUUGUCCCACUCUAUUAUUUUACAUCCCAGAACUAUGGAAGUUAUGGAAUCUGUGCUGUUGUUGGGAACUCAUAUCGCUCAGAAAAUGUCGCAAACUGCAAAGAGUACUUCAAGAUACUCUCUCCAGGACUGUCGGGUGUCGAUGGAACGAUUUCUAUUCAAUCGGUAAAGUAUCCAAAUCGGUACUGGCUCGCAAGUGGAAUGGACGCAAUACUCUAUUGGGAAGAUAUUACCGCUACAAAUGACCAAACAGCGUUCAAUAACAAUGCGACGUUCAUUCUCCAUAUUGACCAAUGGUACACUGGAUGUUACACAUUUGAGUCAGCAGAAUUCCCUGGGUACUAUGUACGUCAUCAGGGAAGCAUUCACAAACUUCAUCAAAUGGUAGCAUCAAGUCUUUUCUACGGAGAUGCCAGUUUCCGGCCAGAUUCAGAUGGACAGUUUUCAGUUGAAUAAUUGAGUACUUAGAUCUCCAAAGAAUAACCUUUUAUUAGAAAUACAGUACCUUUAACAAGUAAAGACAAGGUGGAAAGUACCUAUUAAAGGAUUCAUCAU